ACAACGGGUCUGCUACCCUUUAUUUGUCAUUUCUCUGCGCAAUCUUCACCGAGCCACAGAGAAGGCAUAGACAAGGAAAGAUGGAAGUUGCUGCUGUGGCCAUGCAGAUGAAAGGUGCUGCUAGAGGAUAUGGUAUUAAGACCAUGGAAGUAAGAUGGGCAACCACAAAAGAUUAUGGGAAGAGAUUGUCAUCGAAGUUAAAAUCUAGAAGAAUUCCCAUUUACAUAUCUACAAAUCCGUCUGACAUAAACCCACAGGACCUGAGAGAACUCUGCACAACCUGCAAUCACUCGUGCCACCGGUUUCCAGCGAUCGACCAUAAUGGAAAGCUAGUAGAAGCAGUUGAUUUGAAGAAGCUUCGCCUUGCUCUCUCCCACAGCUCUGUUCUCGUCUCCGUCUUCUGCAAUUUACAGGAUGCAGUUGUUGAUAAUAACCAGCCUGAAGAAGACCCUCCUUCUCCUCCUCUUAUGGGUUUAGGAGAUUUUUUGCGGAGAGUGACGCCUCUGCCUCUUCAUCUUCCUGUUGUCUCUCCCUCCAACAGCCAACUAGUCGGCUUUGGCCGCGCAGUUUCUGAUUUCGGAUUGACUGCUUCCAUCUACGAUGUCAUGGUUGUACCUUCACUGCGGAGAAUGGGAAUCGGGAAGAUGAUAGUUAAAAGAAUUAUAAGAAUGCUCACAAAUAGAGAAAUUUAUGAUAUUGCAGCCCUUUGCUCUGCCAAUGAGAGGUUGUUCUUCAAAGCAUGUGGUUUUGGAGAUGACAUAUUGGGUUCCACGACAAUGAUGUAUACAAGGAGUGUUUCUACUGAUCCUGAAAGUGACCAGAUGGUUAAAUGUGCAGGUUGAAAACUUUUGCUAUCUCCGCCAGUCAGAAAAGCACUAUGAACCUUCAAAGACUAUCUAGUAGUAGAGUUGAGCUGCAAUGUGUUUUAAAUUGAAGUGCAGUUGUCCAGACUAUUGAAGAGAAAGUGAGUCCAAAUAUCAUUCUCGAGUUAUGGAGUAGCUGUUGAAACAGUAUCUGAGAAUGGAGGAAAGAAAGGGGACAGUAAACAGAGGGUGGACGUCUGAUUUUAAUGACAAUGUGGCAACUUUAGCUGCUUGUCAUUUGCAUCCUUGUAAUGAAAUCGAAUUAGUUGCUUGUCAUUUGCAUCCUUGUAAUGAAAUCGAACUCAUAUAUCAAUAUUGUUCCUUUAUUAUUGUA